GCGCGGCGGAGGCAGGCGCAGAGGCCGAAGCGAGAGGAGGCGAGGGGCGGCCCGACGCGGGGAGGGACCGAAGCGACGGUCAUGUGUCCGUGCCCCCUGCACCGCGGCCGCGGCCCCCCAGCCGUGUGCGCUUGCAGCGCGAGCCGCCUGGGUCUGCGCUCCUCCGCCGCGCAGCUCACUGCCGCCCGGCUCAAGGCGCUCGGCGACGAGCUGCACCAGCGCACCAUGUGGCGGCGCCGCGCGCGGAGCCGGAGGGCGCCGGCGCCCGGCGCGCUCCCCACCUACUGGCCCUGGCUGUGCGCGGCCGCGCAGGUGGCGGCGCUGGCGGCCUGGCUGCUCGGCAGGCGGAACUUGUAGGAACGCGGGGCUUCAUGGUGGGGCCGGAGCCGAGACCCAGCCGGAGCGAGCAACAGGUUGGUGAAAACCCUGUGUCCUUGGAGAAAGCUGGUUCCCGUUUUCCUGAGAGGGAGCCCAGAGCUUGAAAGGCCGCAGUUGGCACUUCAAGAAGGAAGUGGAGAAUAAAGACAGCGCCUGGAGCAAUAGUAGCAACUCGGAAUGGGACUGGGGAAGCCCUUUGGAUAUCCAGCUGCAGAAACAGACAUCCCAACGCUAUUUACACAGCUCUCUAUAUAUAUAAAAAAGAAAAUAUGAAUAUUACUAUUCAGUGCAUGCCUUGUUGAGGACGUGGUCCCCUCCCUUUUCUGCACCUUCCGAUGUGAACUUUGACGCUCUUUCAUGUCUGGGGCACUGGAAGAGAGAUGCCUACUGUGUAUUUAGAAAAUUUGAAGUGACUGGUGGGAAUUAGCCUCAUAGGCAACCAACUGCCUGGGAGGGAUGCUGGUGGAGAAAGCAGUGAAAUUGCAAAAGGCUAAAUAGGAAAGAAAGUGAGGAGAACUCAGGGCCAGUUUGUACGGGCAGUCUGGGGUAUCUCCAUUUCUAAGUCAUGACAAGUCCUAGCCUCUCUGUGUCUCUACCUUCCUAGAUAGAUGGCUAGUCCUACUGUAACAUCAAGACAAAUGGGAUUUUUUUUUUCCUACCAAUCUGGUGUCUCCGGUGCUUCACUUAAAUUUUGUUGGUGCUAAGUGUGUUCUUGCUGGUGCUGCCAUGGUAUUCUGUUGCCAGACUUGCAAGGCCGAGGGGACAAGAGAGAUUUCUAUUUUGCUGUUUUAGAUUCUUUUUCUAAAGGGAUCAGUCACAAAAGUGCCACUUGAGAGUCUUUUCUCUUUCUCUAUGUGGGGAUGAAUAUCCAGAGGUGUUUUGGAGCAAACCUUGGGG